AUGAAAUGUUGGAGCUUGGCGACUUACGGGGACGGGCUCGAGACGAGAGUUGAAGACACCACUGUGGAAGAGGGCUGCACAGGAGUGGCUGAAGAGGAUGGCUUGAGCGACGAAGAUGAAGAUGGCUUUGGGGUCGAAGACGAAGAUGGUUUUGGAGUCGAAGACGACGAAGGUGGCGGUGGAGGAGAUGAAGAUGUUGGCUUCGAUGUCGGCGUCGCCACUGGUAACGGUGGCUGUUGCGGUGCCCGAGCGAAGGAUGUUGCUGCAGAACAAUGCCGCUUCAGACACCACCCUCUUGCAUGA